CUGUUAAUCUUUUGCUUCUUGAGUUUCGGUUUCUGAAGAAUCAUGUGAUCAACUGUGUUGGCCACCGCCCCUGCUUAGAGAAUAAACGCCUGAACUCUGGUCUGUUUUGUUUCUGCAUCAGAUAACUUCAUGAAACCAGCUCCAAAUGCUGCUGUUGAUAUAACUCAACGCGUCAAACAGGUUCUGCUGCUCUGGGGAUGUGCCAGUUCCUGUUAGAGAAAGAGAGGGCACAUUCAGCCACAUUCACCUGUCUUCAGAGCUUGAGAGAUCAUGGGCGUCACAGGAAUGAAAGAUCUGGUUAAAGAGUCAAAAACUUCGGACAAUUUUUGGUUCCAGAACAGCCAAGUCAUCAUUGAUGGUCCGAAUCUCUACUAUUCUUUGUACUUUAACUCCAAUCCAAAGAUGGACCAGCAACAUGGAGGAGAUUACCCUGCAUUCACAGAGCAGGUCAGGAUGUUCUUCACCAAUCUUAGGAGGUGUAACAUCACAGCGCUGGUUGUUCUGGAUGGAGGCUCAGAACCUGGGAAGGAAGAAACAGUUGGAGCUCGUCUGAAGGACAAACUUCAAAAAGCUAAAAGAAUUUCUGAGUCCAGUGCCAACCAGUGGGAUAACAUCUUACCUCCUCUGGUCAAAGACCUCUUCAUCCAGAUCCUUCAGGAGCUGCAGAUAGAGAUGGAGCAGUGUUUUGGAGAGGCAGACCUGACAGCUGUCCUUCGUGCCAAUGAGAGAAGAUGUCCCAUUCUGUCCAACGACUCCGAUUUUUACAUCUUUGAUGUCCAGGAAGGGUUCCUCUCAAUUGAUUCAUUUCAGUGGCAAUGUGAGACAAAUGUAGCCAUUCCUGCUCUGCGCUACAGAACCUCACAGUUUUGUGACCAUUUUAAGGUAGAUCGUAAUCACCUGCCCGUCUUUGCUGCAAUAUCAGGAAAUGAUUACUCACGAUUAGAGGACAGGGGGGCGUUUUCUAGAAGAUAUCCUGAACCUCAGCAGCCUGGAGGUUAUUCUGCUCAUCGACGCCGAGCCAUCCUCAGGUUUUUGGCAGGUUUCAAGGGGAAGACAAGUGAGGAGGCUGUGAGAGCAGCUCUACAGCUGGCUGGUGAAACUCAGGAAGAGGUCAUUGAACAUUUCCUGGAAUCAACUCGAAAAUAUGCCUUAGAGAAUCCACCUCGUCCCAACCUACCAGAAUGGAUCAUCCAUGAAGUUCACAGAGGAAGACUGACCUCCUUCGUCACAUCCGUUCUGACCCAGAAGUCAAUGACAUUGACUCCACUGGUGGAGGACUUUUCCAAGCCCAGCAGCUACGACGCUUCUCUCCGUAUCCGACAGUUCUUCUACGGACUGUUGGUAGGAACGCAGCCAUGCAAGGAAUAUGACAGAAAGGAAGCUGAUGCUGUGUGUGCUAAAGAAGUCACACCUGUCUUACCAAGUGUGACACCUGAAGACCUGCAGAGGCUGGAGCUGAAUAAUCUGAAUGAGGCUCCUGAGGAUCUGCGUUGUAAUGUCUUGUAUGAAGCUCUGAGAUGUUCAAGGUUAGACGCCGAAAGCAUUCCAAACCACCUGAAACUGCCACUCUGCGUGACCCGGUUCUGGUUUCAGUACCGCCAACAGAACUACCCAGACCACCAGACCAACAUGUCCUGUCUCCAGGCCUUGGUUCUGGGGUUUGUGUAUGGAGAAGCUGAUGCAGACCCUGAGUUUAAGACCAGGAUGGAUCAUUUAGAGCCUGGAGGCAAACGUCUGCAGCUUGAUGUUGCUCAUGCUUUCAGCCAGUGGCAGAACUGCAUGAGACAGAGUCUCCAUCUGAACCAGCUGCUGAGCUUCCCUCUGCCAGAACCUCAGUGUUCCAGGCUCUACUGUGGACCUCUGCUCCACAAGCUGCAGAAUGCUCUGCUGAGCCACAGCAGAACAUUCACAGAGCUGAAGGUCCUGCUGGCGGAAAGAUGGAGAGUUCUCCUGGAGACCUUGCUGCAGUCAGCUGGAGUGGGGCCCUCAGGUGAUGAUGAAGGAUGGCAAACUCAGACAAGAAAGAAACGGAGGAAUUAAGGCUUUCAGAGGGCUGUCUGUAAGAAGAAUCAUGAGAAAAAGCAGAUGUUCUCCAGCUGCUGGGGCUCACAGCAUCAGAGGAAAACUGGAGUGGUUCGGUUUGCUCUUUCAUCAGCUUGUUGCUCUGAUUUGAUGUUAUUUUCAAAUGUGUGUUUUUAUUACGUUUGUGUGUUGCCCUGCGAUGGACUGGUGACCUGUCCAGGGUGUACCCCGCCUCCCGCCCAUAGACUGCUGGAGAUAGACACCAGCUACCCCGCGACCCACUGUUUUUAUUACUAAAUGUUGGAGAUGAUGUGUUUUCUGUGAGAAUAAAGGUUUCAACCAGGAAAUGAACCGGACCUUCUGGUUCUAGCAGCUAUUA